CCCCUCUCCCCUGUCCGGCGGUGCCGGUCGCAAUAAAAAUAAAAUCAAUAAUACAGAGAGAAGAGAGAGAGAGGGAGGGAGAGAGAGAGAGGGAGGAGACAGCAACACCGGCUGCUUAAUCUCUUCUUUUCCUCGGCUUAUCUCCAAGGGCGCAUCUCCAGAAGCGGAAGGGAGGAACGGAGCAGCGAAUUCUUGUUUUCGCGCAAGAUGUCUUCCCCAAGCAAGCGCCGGGAGAUGGACCUCAUGAAGCUGAUGAUGAGCGACUACAAGGUGGAGAUGGUGAACGAUGGGAUGCAGGAGUUCUUUGUUGAAUUCCGUGGGCCUAACGAAAGCAUUUAUCAAGGAGGCGUGUGGAAGGUUAGAGUAGAACUGCCAGAUGCAUAUCCAUACAAAUCCCCGUCAAUUGGUUUCAUCAAUAAGAUAUAUCACCCAAAUGUUGAUGAAAUGUCUGGUUCAGUCUGUUUGGAUGUCAUCAACCAAACAUGGAGCCCAAUGUUUGAUCUUGUUAAUGUAUUUGAGGUCUUCCUCCCACAACUUCUACUAUAUCCGAAUCCUUCUGAUCCAUUGAAUGGAGAUGCUGCUGCAUUGAUGAUGCGUGAUCGGCCUGCUUAUGAACAAAAAGUGAAAGAGUACUGCGAAAAAUACGCCAAACCAGAGGAUGCUGGGGUAGUCCCAGAGGACAAGUCCAGUGACGAAGAGCUGAGUGAGGAAGAAGAUGACUCCGGUGACGAGGAGAUACUGGGGAAACCAGAUCCGUAGACAAGUUGGAACCUGUUCCUCUGGCUAAUCAGCACACGAUGUUUAUUGCAGCAACUGCAAUGAAACAGUCUCUGAACCCUUCCCGUGCAGCCUGAAUGUCGUGUAAAUAAACUGCAGUGUCAUGUUCCUUAAUGUUAUUUCCACCCUGAAAUUGACCGAUUCGAUGUCCAGCAGCACUGCUUUGCCCCAA